AUGGGCCUCAACAGUACAUGGGACGACAGCACACGGGCCAACGACCAGGUCCCACCUCUGAAUGAAGAAUUCAAGUAUGGGACCAUGCCCGUCCGAGGCUGUAAUGUGGGUGGCUGGCUCAGCAUCGAACCCUUCAUUACACCUUCUCUCUUCUCGUCUUACAAGACGUCCGAUAAUGUCGUAGACGAGUGGACGCUGACCAAAGCUCUCGGGCCUACCAAUGCCAAGUCCAUCCUCGAGAAGCACUAUUCUUCAUGGGUCACUGAAUCCACCUUUGCAGACCUCCAAGCCGCAGGUUUCGACCAUGUUCGAAUUCCCUUCAGUUACUGGGCCAUUAUCACCUACGACGGCGAUCCAUACGUCUCUCAAGUGUCAUGGCGGUAUCUCCUCCGAGGAAUUGAGUGGGCUCGAAAAUAUGGACUCCGUAUCAAUCUCGAUCUUCACGGCGCUCCCGGCUCACAAAAUGGAUGGAAUCACUCCGGCCAUCAGGGAGCCAUCGGGUGGUUGAACGGAACUGAUGGGACUUUGAACGGCGACCGCACCAUUGCCAUCCACAAGCAGCUCUCGGAAUUCUUCACACAACCUCGCUACAAAAACAUCGUCACCAUGUACGGUCUGGUCAAUGAACCACGUAUGGUCGAACUCGAUCAAUCCACCGUGAUUUCGUGGACACAAUCCGCCAUCGACGCCGUUCGCGGGAACAAUUUCACCGGCAUCAUCGUCUUUGGAGACGGGUUCAUGGGCCUUGACAAUUGGCAGGGUAAACUCACAGGCAACGACAAAUUACUUCUCGACGUCCAUCAAUAUGUCAUCUUCAACGUCGAUCAAAUCGUUCUCAACCACCACGACAAAAUCAACUUCGCCUGUGCCGGCUGGACCCAACAAGCACUCCGAUCCCAAAACACCGCCACAGGCUUCGGUCCCACCCUCUGCGGAGAAUGGUCCCAAGCCGACACCGACUGCGCCAACUACCUCAACAACGUCGGCGUCGGCUCUCGCUGGGAAGGCACUCUCAACAUGGUCGGCACCCCCGGCGGAUCCAUCAACGGCUCCGUUUUAACCCCGACCUGUCCCACCAACAAUAACCCUCGAUGUAGCUGCGACGGCGCCAAUGCCGAUCCGAGCGAUUAUUCCGAUGUGUAUAAGCAGUGGUUGUUGAUGUUUGCGGAGGCACAAAUGCAUUCGUUUGAACAGGGCUGGGGUUGGUUUUAUUGGACUUGGCAGACGGAAAGUAGUGCUCAGUGGAGUUAUAAGGCGGGUUUAAAGGCUGGCACGAUGCCGCAGUUGGCGUAUCAGAGAAGUUUUGAUUGUAGUCAGGAAAUUCCGGAUUUUCAGAAUCUUCCGGAGUUUUAUUGA